AUGCAAAAGCGACAGUCUUCUAACUCUAGUAAUUCCCUACCCGAGUACCAUGUGCUCGGUGAGGAUGCACCCCCGAGCUACCCACUUGAUGACCUUUCUGGAUCUCCUGCACGCCCGAAGGAAGCACAUACACAUUUACCACACGACGAGACGAGGGCAGGAGCCUCAACACCUCCGCUUGCGGAGGACUAUGUUCAUGUGCAAAAUGGAAUGAACUUUGAUGUUGAGGCCCAUAUGGCUGCAACCAAUACCGAUCGAGCUACUCCACGUAUGGACACUAGUUCAAGUGCAAAUAAUGCACGCAGACGCCCACGACACACCGGACUCGACGCCUUUGCCAAUUCCUUCUUCCUCUGCGCCAUCAUCUUUUGGCCUAUCAACAUCUUGCUCGAAUGCACAGGCGAUCUAUGUCACAGCACCAUGAGUAAAGUCGUUUUCUACGGUCUCCCCACGCUAGCGCUCUUCUUCCUCUGGAUGGCCAUGUUUCAGGUAAAGGGAUGCUAUGCAAUCAAGCGGGAGGGUAAGACGGCGAUGCAGUACAAGCGGAUUGUGAGCCACAGGCUGUGCCUUAUGCUCCUACUCAUCAUCGUGUCUGUCCUUGCUCUAUGGCAGACCGCAUUUCGGCUAUGCCGUGAUGGAUGCGCUAGUGGGCCCGGUGAUGGGAAAGCCUGCGUCAAGGAGGCUCCGUGGAAUGCUUCGCUGGAUGUAUCGUCAUCUCUCGCGCCAAACGCUUCGUCCAAUGCCUCAUCCAAUGCUUCGUCGGAUCCAUCACCCAAUAUAGUGGGGGAUGUUUGGGCAGAUAUCUCAUCGUGGUUCUAG